AUGGCAGACGCCACCGCCGAGACAGUCGCCAACACCUUCGUCGCUUCAUGGGUCUCUCGGUUCGGCGUGCCGUCCCAGGUCACUACGGACCGGGGCCCACAGUUCGAGAGCCGUUUAUUCAAGGGCCUCACCGACAUCCUCGGGACAACUCGCGUCCGAACGACAUCCUAUCACCCUGCAUCCAACGGCCUCGUAGAGCGCCUUCAUCGCCACUUGAAGGCCGCCCUCGUCGCUCACGAAGAUAGGGCACACUGGGUACACCACCUGCCUUUGGUGCUCCUCGGCAUCCGCGCAGCCGUCAAGACCGACAUCGGCCGAUUUCUUCGUCCCGACCCAUCCCCAUCCCUCUACCUGGACCGCCUUCAUCAGUUUUUCAACACACUCCGACCCGUUGCCACCCGCGCUUCCUCCACCCGCCGUGCUCACGUCCCCCAAGACCUGUCAUCCGCAACGCACGUGUUCCUGUGCACGGACGCCAUGCGGAAGUCGCUCACGCCGCCCUAUUCCAGUCCACAUCCCGUCCUCGGCCGCCACGGCAAGAACUUACGCAUCUCUAUCAACGGCCGAGAGGACGUGGUUGCCGUCGACAGAUUGAAGCCGGCCUACAUGGACCUUGCCACCGUCGACUCCUACACCACUGAUUCCUCAGCCUGGAACCGUUCCCCUCCCACGCUUGGUGUCCAGGCAUCCGCCAACCCUUCCCCUUUAUGCCCGAAGCCCACCGAGAAACACGUCACGUGGGCCGACAGCUUCAAGCUGCCACUAGCGGGGGGGGGGGGCAUGUAG